AGCUGAUUCCCCCGGUUUUUUGGAAGCUUCAAGGCCCCUGUCGGAAGCCCUGGAAAGCUAGCCGUUAAUAGCCUAACGAGAAAAGCAAACAAUAUUGAUUGGACAGGAGCGCCCCGUAGCACCCAGUAGCGGGUAACCAAAUGCAUCGCAGUCUCCAGAUUUGGGGGAGAUUGAGGUGGCUUUGACGACAACUGUCAGCUGAACCUAAAUUCAAUUCUGGCGUCACACCGCAAACCGUUCGAUUUCAAAUUCUAAUCUUCUUCAUCGCUUUUUCUAAUACACGGUCAAAUGUAAGAGGCACCACCGCCGUCGAUUCGCUCCGAUAGCCCUUCUACGUUAUAUCCUCUAUCGAUUACAUCCGAGGCGUGUCGCGGCGGUUAGGGAGGAAAAGCGAAGAUAGCGAAACGAGCCACGCGUGCACGAGAGCGGUUUGUCGUUGAGGGGGUCAUUUCAUCUUCGAAUACAGCUUCGAAUACAGAAUAAAAGAUAAAAGCAAAUCUCCAGCAUACCCGACUGCUGCCGAGGAAGAUAACUAUUGGAUGCAUACAUAGACCGCCGUCUAGGCGAUGCCGAACUAUUCCACUAUAUCUGGAGAGGGUUCCGCCUCCGCAGGCGACAUGUCAAGGCAUAAAAGGGCUCGUGGUCGCCCAAAGGAGACCGGGGGAGGGCAGGCCACUAUGAUCAGCAGCGUCAUCAAUCUGCUCAAUACCAUCAUUGGUGCUGGUACAUUGGCGAUGCCCUCGGCCAUGUCACACUUCGGAAUUGUGCUCGGAGUUAUUGUGAUCCUAUGGUCAGGAUUUAUGUCUGCCUUCGGUUUAUACCUCCAAUCUCGAUGCGCGCGAUAUCUCGAUCGAGGCUCCUCAUCUUUCUUCGCCCUAUCUCAAUUGACAUACCCCAACGCCGCCGUUAUAUUCGAUGCCGCGAUCGCGAUCAAGUGUUUCGGAGUUGGUGUAUCCUAUAUGAUAAUUAUCGGCGACUUGAUGCCAGGUGUGAUGGAAGGUUUUAAUGGCAUGGCUGCUGAUAUACCCUUUCUGAUGGACCGCAAUUUCUGGAUCACGGCGUUCAUGCUCGCCAUCAUCCCGCUAAGCUUCUUGAGACGAUUAGACUCCCUCAAGUACACCAGCAUUGUAGCUCUCGUCGCCAUUGGAUAUUUGAUCGUGCUAGUUGUCUAUCACUUCGCUUCGGAUGUGCUCGCCCCUAGGGAUAAAGUUCGUAUCAUUACUUGGGGAGGUCCUGUGGAAGCCCUGGCUACUUUACCUGUGGUUAUCUUCGCGUACACCUGUCACCAAAACAUGUUUUCAAUUCUCAACGAAAUAUCGAACAAUUCGCCAAAGAAUAUAAUGGGUGUGAUAUCUACUAGCAUCGGUUCCGCUGCCGGUAUAUAUGUGCUAGUCGCUAUUACCGGAUAUCUCACUUUCGGCAACGAUGUCAUAGGCAACAUUGUAUCCAUGUAUCCCGCAUCGAUCGCUUCGACAAUCGCAAAAGCAGCCAUAGUUGUUCUUGUCACGUUUUCGAUCCCACUGCAGAUACACCCGUGCCGAGCAUCCGUAGACGCAGUUCUAAAGUGGCGGCCAAAGGAUGCGUCCAAUCCACAGACGCGAACAAGCUCCCCAGGUGGUCGACCACUUCUUCCAAAUCCCGCGCAGUCCCGAUCAGACCAUGGGUCCACCGCAACUAUCUCCGACCUACGUUUCGCCAUUCUAACCACAAUCAUAUUGAUUUUAGCAUAUAUUACGGCUCUAACCGUCGUCUCCUUAGAACGUGUACUAGCCUAUGUUGGCUCUACAGGAAGCACAAGCAUUAGCUUCAUUCUUCCUGGUCUAUUCUACUACAAGAUCUCAGAUCCAAACUCGAUCCAUCAGCAGCGCUUGUCCAAGGAAGACGACGACGCUUUGUCAGUCUCCGCAUCCGAUACGGAAAAUACCGACGGGGAAGAGGGUCUUUUAGGGAGAAGCGUAGACAGCAUCCAUAGCGCAGCGAGCGGUUCGAGCAAUAGGAAUAAGAACUCAAGGCCUCUGUGGCGCUGGCGUAAGACGUGGAGGUUGGAUAUGGAACACCUUAGUCCGGAGUUCCUUAGAGGUUCGGCUUUAUUCCUAGCCAUAUAUGGUAUGUGCGUUAUGGCUGUAUGUUUGAUUAUGAACUUGGUCGGCACCGUAACGGCGCAUUAAGUUCUUCUGGUUUUCCCCGGUCAAGGUUAGAUGGACCGGAAGAAAGGAAAACAAUUUUCGACUAGAAUUCCCACAUUCUCACGGAAGGGGUUAGCAUUUCACUCGUUCGGUUUCCCGCAUCAUCAGGAGUUUAUGGCCAUGACUUAUUUUGUAUAUAGUUGGUUUUUCACCAUGGCCUAGCGUUAGGAUUGAUUCAACAUUAGUAUGUAUAAGCGACAUUAUAUAUUUUAUAUGUUCGUUCAA